GCGUCCUCCGGCGGCGUCCAAUAGGGAUAGACUCCGAACUCCGGCCCGCGAAGCUUGAUAUUCCAGGCUGGGGUCGAGUCGGAAGCGGCGAGCGAUUCCGGGAAGAAGCUACUCUGCGGCUGUAGGUCGCGUCCGGAGAGUUUCCCCGGCCGCCUGGCGCCGUGCAAUGCCGCGGGAUGGUGAGUGGCACGGGCUCCGUUAGGCCUCGGCUUCCGGUCGGUGGCCGGUGACGGACGGACGGACGGAAGCGCGGGCGGGUGGCGUUCCUCGCGGGGUGAAGAGAGCGGCUGGGCGGUUCUCUCCAGGGGCAGCAGAGCUCCAGGGAUGGUGAUCUUGGCUGUCGCACAUUUGCUUGUCAAUCCCUUUACACACACACACACACACACACACACACACACACACACACACACGGUACCAACGAACAGCGUUUUCUUGAACUUCCUUCACCAAUGUCUUUCAUUCUAAAUAUAUUAAGAAACGUGCUGGAAUAUUUUGGUGUUCCCGUAGACCAGGAUUUGCUGAUUUGUCAAAAUAAAAACUGUGGGUCAGCUCGGAGUAUUGUUCGUAUUAUUGGGAGAAGGCUUCCUUUAAAACCUUGCAGAAGACCUCAUUUUGAGUUGAUCCCGCAUGUGAACUCUACGGAGUCUGAUGAUUAUGAACUUAGGGUUCCAUCUUUUGCUGACGUUUUAUGUGUGGCAAAUGAUGAAGAAGCCAGUUGUCUCAGAUUUCGACAUAGUCUAUGGCAAAAGAAGGAAGAAAGAAAAAUUGCUCCUUUUUAUCCUUCAAAACUAACUUGGGAUCCAUCAUCACCUGGUCUAAGACAGAACAAAACAGAGACAGACGAUCUGCCUGUAAAUGAAGCUGCAAUUAAAAAGAUAGCUGCCCUUGAAGAUGAGCUGACUUUUCUCCGGUCUCAGAUUGCUGCGAUUGUGGCAAUGCAGGACCUGAGAGAGAGCAGAGAGACUGGUUUCAUCGACUUGAGUGAUGAACAAGUGCCGCCAUCAUCAGCGACCACUGGGCUGAGUGUGGAACCAGACCAUGCUCCAAGUGUGGUGCUUCCUCCUCCUCCUCCCCCACCUCCUCCUCCUCAGUUUUCUCUGCAGCCUCCAAGUUCUCUUCCCAUGCAGCCUGGAUCUGCCAAUACACAUGACAUAGAUAGUCUGGCUACUGAAAUGGAAAGGCAGCUCUCAGGUGUUAAGAAGACCGAUGACAGCCAUCAUUCAAAAAGCCAGAGACUUCGUGAUGUCCCAAACAUGCUGGAUGUUCUGAAGGACGUGAACAAGGUCAGACUUCGGCCUGUGGAAAGGUCACCAGGUGGCAGACCCGUUCAGAAGAGGAAGAGACGGAGUUCAGAAUGGGAUCCAGUGUCUUUAAUAUCUAAUGCACUGAAGCAGAAGUUUGCAUUUCAAGAUGAUUCCUUUGACAGAGAAAAUAGUUCCUGGGAGUGUUCUCCGUUUUCUAGUCCUGAAACUUCAAGGUUUUGACAUCACAUUCUCCAACAGAAAGUUGAUGACCUAAGGGAAGGACUGAUAAUAUAAAAGCAGUUAUCCAGGCUAUCAGAAGCAAAAGCUGUGCUCACACUUGGACAGACAGACCCAGAUGUGCCACGUGGCAUCCUUCACUGCCUGUCAGAGAAUCACCUCCUCUGUUAGGGUGAUCAAGCUGUACCCCAGGACCCAUCUCCACCCAGCCUGAGGAAUGAGGAAGACACUUAAGAAUACUGUCCCUGCUUUUGGAAGAUGUGGCAUUUAACUGGCUACUGAAGAGAGUUGGGGGUAUAGAUUCCCUGCUUUAUGAGACUGCUACUGAAAAUGGAAUACAUGGUUCAGUGAGCUGCCUAAAAUUAUGGCUUCCUACUGAGGCUCCUUUCAGUCUUGUGAGUUGCUGUGAUACGGUUUGUUUGGCCUUCAGCAGCUUGUGGAUUUUUAGUGAGCAGAAGAUGAUAUUGUUUUUUAUUAAGUUAGUCAUAGUUGUGAAAACACAGGAACACCUGAGAAACUGAAGGGAAAAAAAAGAUAGUCACAAUUUUAGUCAUGUAGGGUUGAACUUUCUACUGCAAGUAGAAGUAGACCCUUGAUAAGUUCCAUCCACACUGGCUUUGCACACACAGAUGGCUGGUUUGUUCCCUUUGUUCUCUAUUAUGUUUGUAUCCCAUAUGUAUGUGUGUGUGUGUGUGUGUGUGUGUGUAUAUAUAUAUAUAUAUAUAUAUAUAUAUAAUGUAGAUUUUAUAAUAAAUGGAUCUUUUGAAUUUGGUUGAGUAUUUAACAUUUCAAAUUAUAUUCUUACUGUUUUAUGAAAUCUGGUUAUUUUGUGAGAAGUGGUUAUAUUUCUGUUAGAAUUUCUUGGGGGGUGGUACAAGUGAACCCUAGUUUAUUUGCAGUAGGCUGUCUCCUCAUUGGUGCUAAUGUGAUACAUUUGCAUGCUUCCCUGCUUGGCUUCGCCUGUGUUGCAGCAGGGAGCAGGGGGGCGGGGCCGUGUCCGUGGGGUCAGCACCCACCCAUUCCCCCAGGUGCUCUCCUAUCAGAGGACCCUAACUUGUCUGUCACUCAUCAACAGUUUAUUGUAAAGAACUUAGAAAUAAAACCCGUUGUGUAUCAGGGCC